CCAGAGUUUGGAUACCUGAUCCUGAAGAAGUUUGGAAGUCAGCAGAGCUGCUCAAAGAUUAUAAACCUGGAGAUAAAGUCCUCUUACUUCACCUCGAAGAAGGGAAGGAUUUGGAAUAUCGUCUAGAUCCAAAGACUAAGGAGCUGCCUCAUUUACGAAACCCUGACAUACUUGUUGGUGAAAAUGACCUCACAGCCCUCAGCUAUCUUCACGAGCCUGCUGUGCUCCACAAUCUCAGAGUGCGCUUCAUUGAUUCCAAGCUUAUUUAUACAUAUUGUGGUAUAGUUCUAGUAGCUAUAAAUCCCUAUGAACAGCUGCCUAUUUAUGGAGAAGAUAUUAUUAAUGCUUAUAGUGGUCAGAAUAUGGGAGAUAUGGAUCCACAUAUCUUUGCAGUAGCUGAAGAAGCUUAUAAGCAAAUGGCCAGAGAUGAGAGAAAUCAGUCCAUCAUUGUAAGUGGAGAGUCUGGGGCAGGAAAAACAGUCUCAGCUAAGUAUGCCAUGCGAUACUUUGCAACUGUAAGUGGUUCUGCCAGUGAGGCCAAUGUUGAGGAAAAAGUCUUGGCCUCCAACCCCAUCAUGGAGUCAAUUGGAAAUGCUAAGACAACCAGGAAUGAUAAUAGCAGCCGUUUUGGAAAGUACAUUGAGAUUGGUUUUGAUAAAAGAUAUCGAAUCAUUGGUGCCAAUAUGAGAACUUACCUCUUAGAGAAAUCCAGAGUGGUUUUCCAGGCAGAAGAGGAGAGAAACUAUCAUAUCUUCUAUCAGCUUUGUGCUUCUGCAAAGUUACCUGAAUUUAAAAUGCUGCGAUUAGGAGAUGCAAAUUACUUUCAUUACACGAAGCAAGGAGGCAGUCCUGUGAUUGAAGGAGUUGAUGAUGCCAAGGAGAUGGCACAUACCAGGCAAGCCUGCACUUUGCUAGGAAUUAGUGAAUCUUAUCAGAUGGGAAUUUUCCGAAUACUUGCUGGCAUCCUUCACUUAGGCAAUGUUGGAUUUACAUCUCGAGAUUCAGACAGCUGCACAAUACCUCCCAAGCACGAACCUCUCACAAUCUUUUGUGACCUCAUGGGUGUGGAGUAUGAGGAGAUGUGUCACUGGCUCUGCCAUCGGAAGCUGGCCACUGCCACAGAGACGUACAUCAAACCCAUCUCCAAGCUGCAGGCCACAAAUGCCCGUGAUGCUUUGUCCAAACACAUCUAUGCCAAGCUUUUUAACUGGAUUGUUGAUCAUGUCAAUCAGGCUCUCCAUUCUGCUGUCAAACAGCACUCUUUUAUUGGUGUGCUGGACAUUUAUGGAUUUGAAACAUUUGAGAUAAAUAGUUUCGAACAGUUUUGUAUAAAUUAUGCAAAUGAAAAACUACAGCAGCAAUUCAAUAUGCAUGUCUUCAAAUUAGAACAAGAGGAAUACAUGAAGGAACAGAUUCCAUGGACACUCAUAGACUUUUAUGAUAAUCAGCCUUGUAUAAACCUUAUUGAGUCUAAACUGGGCAUUCUGGAUUUGCUGGAUGAGGAAUGCAAGAUGCCUAAAGGUACAGAUGACACUUGGGCCCAAAAACUGUACAAUACACAUUUGAACAAAUGUGCACUCUUUGAAAAGCCUCGUCUGUCAAAUAAAGCUUUCAUCAUCCAACAUUUUGCUGACAAAGUGGAAUACCAAUGUGAAGGCUUUCUUGAAAAGAAUAAAGACACUGUUUUUGAAGAACAAAUUAAAGUUCUUAAAUCAAGCAAGUUUAAGAUGCUACCAGAGUUGUUUCAAGAUGAUGAGAAGACUAUCAGUCCAACUUCAGCCACCUCCUCAGGGCGCACGCUCCUCAGCCGCACACCUGCAAAGCCCACCAAAGGCCGACCAGGCCAGGCUGCCAAAGAGCACAAGAAAACGGUGGGGCUCCAGUUCCGAAACUCCCUCCACUUGCUCAUGGAGACCCUCAAUGCCACCACCCCUCACUAUGUGCGCUGCAUUAAGCCUAAUGACUUCAAGUUCCCAUUCACGUUUGAUGAGAAGAGAGCAGUGCAGCAACUGAGAGCAUGUGGUGUCCUGGAAACCAUCCGGAUCAGUGCAGCAGGUUUCCCCUCACGAUGGACUUACCAAGAAUUUUUCAGCCGCUACCGUGUCCUAAUGAAGCAAAAAGAUGUGCUGAGUGACAGAAAACAAACAUGCAAGAAUGUGCUUGAGAAGCUGAUACUGGACAAGGAUAAAUACCAGUUUGGCAAGACCAAGAUCUUUUUCCGUGCUGGGCAAGUAGCCUAUCUAGAAAAAUUGAGGGCUGACAAGCUGAGGGCUGCCUGCAUCCGGAUCCAGAAGACGAUUCGAGGGUGGCUGCUGAGGAAGAAAUACCUGCGCAUGCGGAAAGCAGCUAUUACUGUGCAGAGAUACGUCCGCGGCUACCAGGCGCGGUGCUAUGCUACGUUUCUGCGCAGAACCAAGGCAGCAACCAUCAUUCAGAAGUACUGGCGCAUGUUUGUGGUUCGCAGGAGAUACAAAAUUCGACGAGCAGCUACUAUUGUUCUUCAGUCUUACUUAAGAGGUUACUUGGCCAGAAAUAGAUAUCGUAAGAUUCUCCGUGAGCACAAAGUGGUCAUCAUUCAGAAGUGGGUCCGGGGCUGGCUGGCUCGGACACGCUACAAGAGGAGUAUACAUGCCAUCAUCUACCUUCAGUGUUGCUUUCGGCGGAUGAUGGCCAAGCGUGAGCUGAAGAAACUGAAGAUCGAGGCCCGCUCCGUGGAGCGCUACAAGAAGCUCCACAUCGGCAUGGAGAACAAGAUCAUGCAGCUGCAGCGCAAAGUUGACGAGCAGAACAAAGACUACAAGUGCCUCAUGGAGAAGCUGACCAAUCUGGAAGGAGUAUAUAACACCGAGACCGAGAAGCUACGAAGUGACUUAGAACGCCUUCAACUAAGUGAGGAGGAAGCUAAAGUGGCCACCAAACGGGUUCUCAGUCUGCAGGAGGAAAUUGCCAAGCUGCGGAAAGACCUAGAACAAACUCAGAAGGAGAAAAAAUCCAUUGAGGAAAGUGCAGAUAGAUACAAGCAAGAAACUGACCAGCUGGUAUCAAAUCUGAAAGAAGAAAACACUUUAUUGAAACAGGAAAAAGAGACUCUCAACCAUCUUAUUGUGGAGCAAGCUAAGGAGAUGACAGAAACUAUGGAGAAGAAGCUAAUAGAAGAAACAAAACAACUGGAACUUGAUCUUAAUGAUGAAAGGUUGAGGUAUCAGAACCUUCUAAACGAGUUCAGUCGCCUAGAAGAACGAUAUGAUGACCUCAAGGAAGAAAUGACCCUGAUGGUGAAUGUGCCUAAACCUGGACACAAAAGAACAGACUCCACCCACAGCAGCAAUGAAUCUGAAUACACGUUGAGCUCUGAAUUUGCAGAAACUGAAGAUGUCCCAUCUCGGACGGAGGAGCCGAGUGAGAAGAAGGUACCUCUGGACAUGUCAUUGUUCCUCAAGCUCCAGAAGCGAGUCACAGAGCUGGAGCAGGAGAAGCAGGUGAUGCAGGAUGAACUGGACCGCAAGGAGGAGCAGGUGCUCCGCAGCAAGGCAAAGGAAGAAGAAAGACCACAAAUUAGAGGUGCUGAACUGGAGUAUGAGUCACUUAAGCGUCAAGAAUUAGAAUCCGAAAACAAGAAACUGAAAAAUGAGCUCAACGAGUUACGCAAGGCUCUUAGUGAGAAGGGUGCCCCCGAGGUGACUGCUCCAGGAGCUCCUGCCUACCGUGUCCUCAUGGAGCAGCUGACCUCUGUGAGUGAGGAGCUCGAUGUCCGCAAAGAGGAAGUCCUCAUCCUGAGGUCACAGCUCGUGAGCCAGAAGGAGGCCAUUCAGCCCAAGGAUGAUAAGAAUACAAUGACAGAUUCCACAAUCCUCUUGGAAGAUGUACAGAAAAUGAAAGAUAAAGGAGAAAUAGCACAAGCAUAUAUUGGUUUGAAAGAAACAAACAGGCUCCUGGAAUCCCAGCUCCAGUCACAGAAGAGGAGCCAUGAGAAUGAGGCCGAGGCCCUCCGAGGGGAGAUCCAGAGCCUGAAGGAGGAGAACAACCGGCAACAACAGCUGCUGGCUCAGAACCUGCAGCUGCCCCCAGAGGCCCGCAUCGAGGCCAGCCUGCAGCACGAGAUCACCCGGCUGACCAACGAAAACUUGGAUUUGAUGGAACAACUUGAGAAACAGGAUAAAACUGUACGGAAGCUGAAAAAGCAACUGAAAGUAUUUGCCAAAAAAAUUGGUGAACUAGAAGUGGGCCAGAUGGAGAACAUAUCCCCAGGGCAGAUUAUUGAUGAGCCCAUCCGUCCAGUCAACAUUCCCAGGAAAGAAAAGGAUUUCCAAGGAAUGCUGGAGUACAAGAAGGAAGAUGAGCAAAAACUUGUUAAGAAUCUGAUUCUAGAACUGAAGCCGCGUGGGGUAGCAGUCAAUUUGAUUCCAGGAUUACCGGCCUACAUCCUUUUUAUGUGUGUCCGACAUGCUGACUACCUAAAUGAUGACCAGAAAGUAAGGUCAUUGUUAACAUCAACAAUUAACAGCAUCAAGAAAGUACUGAAGAAAAGAGGUGAUGAUUUUGAAACUGUCUCCUUCUGGCUUUCCAACACGUGCCGGUUUUUGCACUGUUUGAAGCAGUACAGUGGAGAAGAGGGCUUUAUGAAACACAACACAUCUCGCCAGAAUGAGCACUGUCUCACCAAUUUUGACCUGGCAGAGUAUCGGCAAGUGCUGAGUGACUUGGCCAUUCAGAUCUACCAGCAGCUCGUGCGGGUGUUAGAGAACAUCCUCCAGCCAAUGAUUGUCUCAGGCAUGUUGGAACAUGAAACCAUCCAGGGCAUGUCUGGUGUGAAGCCCACAGGGCUGAGAAAGCGGACCUCCAGUAUUGCUGAUGAGGGCGCCUACACCCUGGACUCCAUCCUCCAGCAGCUCAACUCCUUCCACUCGGUCAUGUGCCAGCACGGCAUGGACCCAGAACUGAUCAAGCAGGUGGUCAAGCAGAUGUUCUACAUCGUGGGGGCCGUCACGCUGAACAACCUCCUUCUACGCAAGGACAUGUGCUCCUGGAGUAAAGGCAUGCAGAUCAGGUACAAUGUCAGUCAACUUGAAGAGUGGCUACGUGACAAGAAUCUGAUGAACAGCGGGGCUAAAGAAACCCUGGAACCCCUUAUUCAAGCUGCUCAGCUUUUGCAAGUCAAGAAGAAAACAGAUGAAGAUGCAGAAGCCAUUUGUUCCAUGUGCAAUGCUUUAACUACUGCCCAGAUUGUCAAAGUGCUGUUUUUGUAUACUCCAGUUAAUGAGUUUGAAGAAAGAGUCUCUGUAUCAUUUAUUCGUACUAUACAGCUGCGUUUACGGGACAGGAAAGACUCUCCUCAGCUGCUCAUGGAUGCUAAACACAUCUUUCCUGUCACCUUUCCAUUUAACCCGUCUUCCCUCGCGCUAGAAACCAUCCAGAUUCCUGCCAGCCUCGGCCUGGGAUUCAUUUCACGAGUCUGAAAUGAAUGUCAAGACAGACACAGACAAUACAUUUCUUGCCUGAAAUACAAAUGCAUUCUCACCAGUGAGCUACUGAUCACACAUUUUUAAAGAUGAAGUUCUGGUUCACUCCCAACAAGGUUUAUUAACUGGAAGUCUCCCCUAGAAUAUUUUUAUCACCUCAAAAAGAAAGAUAGGUAGGCUUCUUGUGCUGUGUUGCCUUUUAUAGAAGCACUCAUCCUUGACUAGUUAGCUAGGUUUCCCAAGUUUAAAUUCCAGUAACAUUGGAAGGAAGGAAAAAGAAGCAAGAGUGAGGAAGCAGGAGAGGAGUGAGAGAGGAAGGAAAAUGUGUCUUCAGUUGCCAGCAUUUAUGUUCAACCUUUAGUACUGCACUUAAAUGGCAUAAAACCCAUAAAGCCCACCUGUGUGAGCCAUUGUUGGGAACCAGCAAAGAGAACCUCCUUUGAGCUAAACAGAAGAACUGAAAGAAAAAUCCCCACUGGGCACAUAGCAAUUUAGGAAUCAGUUAUGUUGAUGCUGUCAAACUGGAAUGAAGAAAUAAACUGACUAUAUAUAAAGUAAUUGGUCAAGUAACUUCCUUCUUUGUGUCACUCUUGUGUAGAGAUACUAAAAGAGCUGUUGGUUUGCUGUAUAGCAUAGAUGUUCAUUUGUUUGUACUGCAUUUUUAACUGCUGCUACAUGCUGUGUUCUUUAAAAUAGAAGUGAUACUCUUAUUAGGCACUACAACAAUAAGUGUUUCUUUUAUCAACGCUGUUUACAAUUCAAUCAGUUCACGGCUUUAACUGGAAAGUAUAGCUACAAAUAUAGCUACAAAUUCACCUGUGGAGGAAACUGGUGACUUAGCCGAAGCAGCAAACACUGGGAAGUUAAGUACUGAUAUGACAGGGCAGUUGACAUUUAGGGAUAGGAUUAGACAAAGUGGCUGUUGUUAAUGUCAUUAUUUAUUCAGUGUGUAUUAUGUGGGUUUGUGCAUUACACUUUCCCUGGUAGACACCGCAUCAGGGUACAGUGUUCUGUGAAGUGAUUUAUUUUCAGUGACCAGAUUUGAUUCCUGCACUGCAUAUUUUCAACCUUAACGGGUUUUGCUUCUUCUUAAUUUAUUAAGAAUUAUUUUC